UGAAAAUGAAUGUUGUAUGCAUGACAUCAGUAUUGGCAUCGCUUUCUGUGGUGUUGUCCUUGGAAGGACCUUUCGGCAAAAUCACACACAUGUGCUAUGGAGGCUUCUACACAGUCAAACAUACACAUACUUACAUCAGUUGUGUGAAUUUCUGCUGGUUCUCCAGACGAUGUAAGGCUGUUAACUGGGUCAGUAAAUCCAGAGAAUGUCGCCUCCAUGACUCAGCACUCGCCGACCCAUCUCAGACCACGACAGACCCCCGAUGUAUCAGUACAGAGGUACACACGUCACAUAUGGAUCCGAGUCACCCGUGUUCAGGACGUCCUUGUCCUGACACCUAUGUCUGUGCUCCAGCAGAAGCAGCUUCCAGCCAUGUCUGCCUCCCUCUAGAAGGGUCUGUAUCACAGACUACGACUGCCGCCAUCACUGAUACGGCUGUGACGACUACAGACCUGGAUGCAACCACAACGACAACUGCAGCUCCUGCUAGUACCACACUUGCAGGUUCCGCAGUGAUGACUGUUACCACAACAUUUGUAACUACAACAGACACAUCGUAUGAGCAUGGGUCUGUAACACAGACUACGACUGCUGCCAUCACUGAUACGGCUGUGACGACUACAGACAUGGAUGCAACCACAACGACAACUGCAGCUCCUGCUACUACCACACAUGCAGCUUCUGCAGUGAUGACUGUUACCACAACAUCUGAAACUACAACAGACACAUCGUAUAAGCAUGGUCCUGUGUAUACGGGAUGCUUCCUGGAUGACAGGGACAGAAUGAUCAACGAAUUACGUGAGGUGAACGACUCCAUGACGCAUGAAUGGUGCUUGACUCGCUGCAGACAGGGCAACUAUCUUCUUGCUGGACUUGAGAAUCAUGAUGAAUGCUUCUGUGGAAACUCCUAUGACAACGUGAAGUAUACUGUCAUGAGCGAAGGGGACUGCAACGCUCCAUGUAAGGGCAACAGCAGCCAGAUGUGUGGUGGACGCUACAGACUCUCACUAUUUCAGUGCACUUGACCCUCUUUGGGAACAAUGAUUCAUCUCGUUGCUGUUUAUGUUUAUUGUCCUAUUGUCAUUAAGUCUGUCAAUCACCUAACUACAGAGAAAUUCAGUUGUUGUUUUUUUAUUGUUUAUGCCACUUUCAUCAAAUGUAAUUGGUAUCAAUGGCAUGGUAACGGUAAACUAGUUUCACACAGAUGUACGUAUUCAUGAUCACAGGAAUUUAUGUAGAAUAAAACAGUAAAACGCU